UUGACCACCGACCUUCUUCUCUAUAUCAAUCCACUCUCUCCCUAUGUGUCUCAUUCAGCCUUUCACUUUCUGUUCUCAUUCAACCUUUCACUUUCUGUACAUCGCUAUAAAGAAUCUAUGGAUCGUGUUAGAGGAUUGGGUUUGAUCAAAAAUGAAAGUCUCCAAGUAACAACAUCAACAAUCUCAGAAAAUAGAGAGACAUAGGGUGGCGUUUGAUCGAUACAAGGCGAUUAUAUUCAAUGGGGUUAGUGGGAUUGGUAGGAUGAAGCAAAAGAAGGGGAGCUAUGAUAUUAGUAAAGUCAGAGUUGUGGUGCAGUCUGCGAGCGAAGAUCUUACUCUUGGUGUGGAUGAGAGCUAUACUUUGUUUGUGUUGAGGAAAGAUGGGAAAGCUAUUGUUGGGGAGGCGACUAUUGAGGUCAGUUUGUGUUGUAAUUUGUUGUUGCUGAUUCGAAGAUUGAUGGGUUGGUUUUGUUUUAUUAAAAGGUUGAGCUUUUCAUAGAAUGAACCAACAAUGUGUAUGAAGUUAACGAUUUUUGUUUCGUUUCAACGAAGAUAGUACGUUGUGAGGGUUCUUUUUGAUUUGAGAGGUAACUAGGCCAAAAUUAACUCAAAGACUUGAAUCAUUGAGGUAAUUUUGUGUGUGA